UCUUAAACCCUCGAUGGGUUUUUCGCAGAGGCUCAUGUUUAAAGAGAUGCAGCGAUGCAUAAACAACGUGGGGAACUAAGAAGCCAAGGAAGACGAAUAUCUACUUCUUUAUCACCAUGAUCAUACGAACAACCUCCAAAUUAGUGUGUUAUAGUGGGAGAAGUGGGAAAUCAUACGCCGUUGCUGCUUUGGCCGCGAGUGCGAAUAAGAGCGAGAAUGAGAGUGCUAAUAAAGCUAAUGGUAGUGAGGCUCCCAAAAUCAAAGCGAAGAAGAUUUCGAGAGCCCAACGCCGAGAUAUGGUCGAAGCCUUUGUCCUCAAGUACAAGGCGAUGAAUGAUGGAAAGUUACCUUAUGCUAGCAAUGUUGCGAAGGAAGUUGGUGGUUCUUACUAUGUUGUUAAGCAAAUAUUUCAGGAACUGAAAUCCCAGUUUAAAACAUCUUCCAUUAACAAUGCAAAUCAAAAUAAAAUAGGAAAAAAGGAAAUUAAUGGAGCUGGACAAUUGUCUAACGCCGGAGAAAUCUUAACAAGUAGAAUACCAGAGAAUUCUAGUGUUCAAAAUGAUAUUCAGAUUGUGGUUAGCAAUUAUGUGGAGAACAAUGAUGCUAGUCGAAAGCAUACAGAAGCAGAAAUAGGUUUUAAGUACUCCUCUUCAAGCGAAAAGGUCUCUUCCAAAAAGGAUUGUUAUUCAGAAUUUUCCGGAGAACAAAGUAAUCUUCUGAAAAGGGAUGCUGAAAACGCUUUUCAUUCAAGUCAUGAGAAACUGGACAGAACGGAAGCUAAGGACAAUUCUUCUGAUUUUAUUGAAACGCCAAGUAGUCUACUGAGAGAAGAGUUUGAGAACGUUUCUCGCCCAUCUCAUUUAAACUCUCAAAAUGGUACACAGAAGGAAGCUUCGGAGUAUGAUGAUAUUCCUGUUUCUGCUACCAAAGAAAAUAAGUUGCAUAUGGUGGACAGUGAGAGAGUUUCCCAUCCAGGCCUUGAAAAUGCGGAGAAUAGUAAAAAACAGAAAUCUCUAUCAGAAGAACUGCGAGAUACAGAUGGUUUAAAGGAUGAAACAGAACAUCAUGAAGGGACCCCUAAACGUAAACCUGUAGGGGAUACAUCUCAUCGGCAAACUAGUGAAGCAGAACUUCCAAAAAAAUCAACUCUGUGGGGUACUCUAAAGUCAUUUGCUGAUGGAAUCAUCAACAUUUGGAGAAAAUCAUAAAUAUUUGUCAAGUUAAUUUGCAAAGUUUUGUGCAACUCUGAUGCACUGCGAGGACAUUGACAACAUAUCAGAUGCGUGCUUUGAAGGUUUCAGAGUGCAGCUCAGUCGUUUGCUCAAUGAAAUCGAAAUUUGAGUCUCUUCCAUUUAGUUAGUCUUGUUGAUCAUGUGUAAAGGGGAGUUCAUUUUGAUGAUUUUUAGACAAGAUUAGAACUUAGAAAUAAUAUAUAAUGCCCGUAUGAAUUAUGAUCCUUAUCGCUGCAAACCAUUCAGGCUCCUCCCAUGGCAGGAAUUUAAAACUACUUAUGACAAGAAUAGUACUGAUCAGGAUCAUUUUUUGCAUACCUAGGAUCAAAACUCAAUGUGCGAUUUCCAGCAUAAACUUGAUGAUUAUCAAUGUGAAAAAUAAUGCAGAA